AUAAUGGCAAGAACAGCGGAAGAUCUACAAAAUCUAGUUGAAGGUAUGAAUGUGAUAUGUAAUAACUACGACAUAAGGAUGAACGUCAAAAACACCAAAUAUAUGACCUUCAGUAAGAAUCCAAUACAUGCCACUAGUAUCGCAAUAAACGGUACCCAACUUGAAAAAGUAAGCAAAUACAAAUACUUGAGAACCCAUAUCAAUGAAACAGGUGACCAACAUCACGAGAUGAAAAGACAUAUUGAAAUUGCCUUGCUACCUUUAUAAAAAUGAAAAAAUUAUUUUGUAAUCGUAAUAUUAGUAUUUAUCUACGAAUUAGAAUGUUAA